GCGCAGUGUUUUUAACAUCUCGUGCAGGACGUUCUCCAUCAAAGCUUUGAUUUUUAAGUUCAACCUUUAGUAGAAAUCAUGUCAACCAGCUGCAAAGCUUCGUCCACCUGUCCUAUUCCGAACCGCUCUGUGAUUGAGAAAAGCUGGUCUCCGGAUAUCUACAGUCAAACUCCAGGCGGAACUGUUUUUUCAACAACUCCCGGUGGGACUCGGAUUAUCUAUGAUCGGAAGUUUCUUUUGGAAUGCCGAAACUCACCAAUUGCACGCACCCCACCCUGCUGCCUCCCCCACAUUCCCGGGGUCACCAUACCCUCACUGCAACCCACAGAGCAGGAAGAUGACAACAAAGUUGUCCCUGUUGAUGACAGCCAGUUUGAGAUGGAUAUGUGAUGUCUCACGUCCUGUGGCAAAGUGGACUGUUUCAGCCUUUGCACCAGUGGAUUCAGGUUUUGAUCUGAAAAGAAAAAUCCACACCAGCUGUGGAUUCCUUUGUUAUAUCUUCCAAACUUUUUCCUUUACCUUAAAUAACAAAACCCUCAGAUCCAGUAGUUCGCUGCUGUGGGGAGUUUUGACUAUUUUGAGUUUGGUGAAAAUUCAGAUUAAAACAUCUCAAAUUGCAGCUUUUCAGCAGCUGCAAUAUACUGCCACCUUUACUCUUUUCGGAGCGAUUUUAAAGGGGACUAUAUGUAAUAUACAUUGAUAUUUGAAUGGUUCAAACAUUUGACAGCAAACCAUUUAAGUUGAACCUGCAAAAAUAUUUGAGCCCUGUGAGGGGUAAUGAAGUCAUAUGCCAGAAAAUAACAUUUCGGGUAAUUCUUUUACUACUGUUAUACUUGUAUGUGCUGUUUAUUUUCUGGAUAUGUUGACAGUUUGGAAUAAAACUUUAAAACUGUAAACCUUG